CGGAGUAGCUGUUACCAUGGUGAUCGGCUAGACCAGCAGCACGCGCCGACAUUCUCUGAACAUUCUCGAACUGCGCAGCAGGAUGUCCUCACUUCCUGCGAAGCCCGGCCUUCGCCUCGGUGUGCCAGAGUGGAGCAGCAACAACCAGCUGCUCUCUGCCACGGCUCAGCACGAGCGUGUGAUCUCAAACCUGAUCCGACAGGAAGGGAGGUCGCUACGCAACGACACCAGCUGCCAGACGAGCUGGGACGAGAGGGACACAUCCCACAGGUUGAGUGACCGCAUUUGGGGUGUCGCUCGAUGGAGGGAAGCUUUGGAAGCCUGUGCACAGAAAGUGGAUGAAGAGAUGGACGCUCUGACUUUGUGUAAAGAGCAGAGCGAACAGGCCUUGGCUGCCACUGCCACUCCUCUAGAGGUCAGCACCGAGUGUCUGAGGCUGAGGGAGGGAAGACGAGGGUGCGAGCUGGUCGUGGACCCGGUGGACGAGCAGCUGAAGAAAGAGGUGGAGCUGAUUGGUCGAGUGCAGCAGGUUCUUCAGCAGCACAUCGACAAGGCCUUUGAACAACUGUGCGUUUUGCAGGAGGCUCGGCAUCAGCUGACCUCUGACCUCCAGAACAAGACGGACGCUCUGGACAUUGAUAUGUCCUGUUUGUCACUGACGACAAAGUCGCCUCAGAUUUCUCUGAAGAUCAACCCAACUCGCAUUCCGUCUGGUUCCUCCACCCCCCAGGAGUGGCACCAGUUUAGCCAGUAUAACGUGGCUCGUGCUCAGGAGGCCAUGGACGUGUCCCAGCAACUGAGGGAGGACAUGAGUCUGACCAGAGCUCAGUUGCAGAACGAGUUGGAGGCUCAGUGGAGAGCCACUGAGUUCGCACUUCGAAAGCGCAACCACCACAAGGAGCAGGCCCGAGAAGAGCUGGAGUGGCAAAUUAAAAAAACUGAAGAUGAAAUGGCAGAGAUGGAAAACGACAUCCAGGGUCUGGAUGCGGAUCUGCAGGCAAAGUCGGCCUCCCUGAAACUGGCUCACACCAGACUGGAGAACAGGACCAACAGACCCGGCAUGGACCUGUGCAGAGAUGAGGUUCAACACGGCCUUGUUAACGAGGUCCAUCAGCUGGAGGCGACAAUUCUGGCUCUGAAACAAAAGCUGUCUGAAGCUCAACACUCCCUGCAGAAAAUGAAGCUCCAUCAUUACCAUAUGCUGCAAGAUCUUUCCACAAAAAAGGAAGCUUUAAACCUGGAACAACGAAGCAUGAACACACGCAACCACCUCACGUCCGGCACCGGCACCGGCACCGGCAAAACCCCGGUGCUGCUGGUGCCACUCGCCAACUCCAGUGGGAGGAGCAACCUGCAGUUGCUAGCUGAGUAACAAAGGUGUUGUUACUCAAGGGGAAGGAUUGAAAUGAAACCAAUGUCGUAUGUUGAUGAUUAAUUGAUUUUACUUCAAGACUCGAGGCUCUUGCAGGUUUCCAGAUACUCCAGCUGUUAGCUAAUGUUAGCUUUAGCCCAUUUGCUUACCUGGCCUGGAGAAAAUGACCCACACCUAUCUUCAAAUUAUUCUCCACUUUCAGUCACCAGGGGAUUAAAUAUGUAAAACUGCAGCCAGUUUUGGCAUUUACAUUGCAGUCUGACUUCAAAAUAUUGGACAGGUUUGCUAGAUAUAGCAACAAGGAGCUUGGUUAGCUUAGCUUAGCUUAGCUUACUUGCUUACCUCUCCAGAGGAAAAUGAUCUGCAUCCAUCUUCAAAUUCUUCUUUGUUUCACUGUUUCAGAGUUUCAGAGCGAUGGCAACAAGCUGGGUUAGCUAAUGUCAGCUUUAGCUUAUUAUUUUAUUAUUUGUUCUAAAGGAAAAUUAUCCACAUCAGCAUCUAUCAAAUUCAUCUUCACGACAAUUUGUCAGAAGCUUGAGAUGGAUAUUGUUAUCCAAAUUCAAACUGCACUAACCUUAGCUAACACUAUGUAGCUGUAGCUUACACAAGCUAACUUGUGUGAAAAAAAACCCAAUGAGCUUUAGGUCCAAUUAGGUUAAAAAAAACUAAACCUGUUUCUGAAAUGAUGAAUAUUCUUCUGUUUUAUUGUGGUUUUAACUAAGUUUUAAAAUCUUUACUUUCACUCAUCAGAGGAUAUAAUAUGUUAAACUGAGGCCAUUUGCUUUUCAGAUGAAUGCUGUUAUCCAAAUUCUAAUUUUUUUAAAGGGUUGCCAGACAUAGCAACAGGGAGCUUGUUUAGCUAACAUAAGCUAACAAGAGACUGUUACCCACACCUGUUUCUGAAAUGAUGAACAUUUGUGUGUCUGUCGUCAAAUUAUUCUACAUUUUAUUGUGGUUUGUUUCAAAAAAGACGGAAACACUGAGCUGGGUUAGCUCCCAUUAGCUUUAGCUCAGCUGCUAACUGUCCAGGGGUUUGUUUGUUUGUGUUUGUUUAACUUAAAUAACACAGAGUGUGAGCAAAGUCAAACAUUUACUCAUGUAGAUGAUGAUAUUUCUGGCGUCUGAAUAUAUUUGUGCAUUUGACAUCAUCUUUGUUAGAAUCUGUGUGACUUUUAUCAACCAUUAGCUUUAAUGGUUUAGUUUGGCCUCACCUUUGUUUGAUCAAGCGAUGCUGCUGAGAGCACCAAGACGGUGGGAAUUUUUUAAAAGAAAAAUACAGUAAACAGACACUAAAGUGGGUCCAAUAAACUCUGGUAACUGUCACCUGCCUCAGUAGUAAUGACUUCAAAUGGACGUGUUUGUGUCCGUCACUGCUUUUUAUGAGGAUUUAGAGCCUGAGGGGUUUUUAUGUAGACAGUGAGCUCAUGUCUGUUCAGGAAAAUCACCACUUAUUGCCUCAAUUAUACAGAAUAAAUGUGUAAUAAACUAAAUGUAUGUAUACUACAUGUCAUUUAUAUCUUUAUUGUCAUGUUAGCUUUACUGCUUUAUCAUCAAAAACUAAAUACACCUGUUUUUUUUGUUUUGUUUCUUGGUGUUGUCGUGUAAAACAUGCAAAUUUAAUUUAUUUUAUUUGACUUGUGUUGAAUUUAAAAUUGUGUGUCAGAUAUUUGAUUUAAAUGUAUUUAUUUAUUUAACUACUACUACUAUUCUUUGAUGACCAGAACAAUCAACAAAAGGUUGAGUUAAUUUCCAACUAAGUUAUCAAGUUACAUGAAAAUAACCUUCAAAAUUUUCUUUCAUUGAACUGAGUUUGUCAUUUUCUUUCAUCCGUGUAAAGAUUAUCAUUGUUUUAUCGCCAGAUAACCAAGUUAUCUCAUUGUAACAAGAAAACAAGCUUUUAUCUUGCAAUAACGCAUCAUUUAUCUCUUUCUCCCAAAAUAACGCAUUAUUUUAUCUUGUAUCACGAGAACACUAACCUUUGUUAUCCUGAAAUAAAGCAGUAAUUUAUCUCAUUGCAACA